GAAAUGAAUCUCGUGGGGCCAGCUCUUUAGAGGAAGAGGUGGGGAAUCCGAAUGAUAGUGUGCCUGAAAGAGUUAGCAGGCUGUUAGUGUACGAUGUACCUCCUUGUCUCAUCAAAGUGAAUGACAUGAAGGGUGGACUUAGGUCGAUUUGCCUCAUUCUCAUGAUGUUGUUAGAAGUGUUAUCUGGCUUUCCUGACUUGGCUAGUUUCCGACCACCGCCUUUUGGAAGUCUACUUCCCCGGGACCCCAUAGUUGCUGAAAGACAGAGUCUGAAUUUGACUUGUGAAUUGGAUGUGUCCCUCCUAAAGAAGGCCAUCAAUGCAACAAAUAUAUUUUUCACAUUUCAUCCCCUUCCCCUGGAUAAUUCAGAUAUUAAUGACUUCAACCACUCAGUGGAGAUAAUAUCUGAGACAACAGCAGUACUUUCAGUUCUCAGCCUUCCUGUGGGUAAAACUGGCAGGUACAGUGCUCGUUGUAAUGUCAAUCAGACAGGUGGGAUAAUCACAAAGGGACCUGCACAAGAGAUCAUUGUGGAAGGCCAACCAGAUGUUCCCAAGAAUGUGCAGUGUGUCUUCCAUGCCAGGACAACUCUCAACUGUACAUGGGAUAAUGGGAGAGCCACUGGGAGUGCCACCAACUGGACAUUGCUUUGGACCAUGGAUCCUGAUUCCAGCCCUGUUCCCUGUCAGCUCCUUUCAGCUACUAUGGACUCUUGUAAGUGGGUGGAGGAGCAGACAGUGGCACAGAUACAGUCCGGUACUACAAUGCUUGUGCAGGUCAUUGCACAAAACACAUUCUGGACAAAGAGGACUUCCAAGAUUCUGGUUGAUCCUUUUAAAUUAGUAAAGCCAGACCCAGUAACACACAUUGAUGUACAGACAAAUGCAAGUUCAGUUUUAAUUUUGUGGCCUGCCCCGAAGUUUUCAGAGGAACACACAAUUCAGUGGUGGAAUGGGACAUGCUGUGUAAAAAAUCUGGUAGUACUAGGGACUGGCAUUGUAUCAGUAGUGAUUGAAGACAUGGCUCCAAACAUCAAUUAUACCGUAUGUAUUAAGUCUAAACCUAGGACAAGUGGCUUCUUCAGUGACCCUGUUUGUAGAGUCAUUGGGAUGAUCCAUACAACUACAGUAGCCAGUGAUAUGGUAUUAGAGCCGGUGGCUACAGGAUUUGUGCCAGUGUCAACUGUUGGCAUUGUUACUGGAGUGACCUUAGCAGCUCUCUUUCUGAUUGGAGGCAUCUUGUUGCUUAUGAAGAUGCACAAAUAUGUGCACAAAAAGAUUGCUAUCAUGGUACCUCCUGAAACCAUAAAGGAAGAGGUACUUGGACAAAAUAGUUGCCAGAGUCUCAGAAUAGAUGAUGAAAGUGUGGAUAGUGGAAUCCAGUUUUCUUCAUCUAGUAGCAUCACCCCAACUAGUCAAGGACACACUUAUUACCAAGUAGGCAGACAAGCAAUUAACAAAGGAGAAAAGGUCCACUUGAAUGAUGCGCUCACAGCUUGUAGACUUUCAAUGACUGCUACAUCUUCUAGUGAAGGAAUUAAAUCUAUGUCAUCAGUGUCUGACCAAAUCAGUCGUGAGGAUUUGACCAUAAGUGAUGGGGAGUCUCCCUGUACAGCUGUUUUGACAGAUAAUAUUGAGAACAAUGUUACACCUGCUUCAACAGAUGAUAUUGUAAUCAGUGGCAUAUCCAAUGCUAUGACAGAAGAAACUGUGAGCAAUGUUACAUCAAAUGUGACAGGUGAGAUUGUGACUGGCACAUCUGAUACAAAACCAGUAGAAAAUGAGACUGUGUCAAGGCAACAAAGGGCAGUGUGCACCCAGGCAACUACUUUCAAUCAAGUCUGUGAAGAGUCAUUUGAAACGAGGAUUUUUAAAGAAACAAAUUGUUAUGAACCUGAUGUUUGUAUGGGUGGACAAUGUGAACCAUGUGUGUAUUAUGAAGAUUUAUAUAGCUCUGGUGAUUCUGAAGUGUCCAGUACUAGUAAAUCAGAUGGCUACAAGGGAUGGACAGUCAAUGUGGGUCUGGGAUGUUAUGCAGAGAGUAGUAUCAAUUCAUCUGGAUGUGAAUUAUCCUCUUGUGUAAACCGCUAUGGUGAAACAUCUUUUAAUCAGAAUGGAAGGGAAUUAGAUAUACCCCGAAACCCACAGAAAUGAAGAUAUCAUACAAGAAAUGCAGCAAGAUACACAUGACUCAUUAUCUGCUGAUACUACUCAAGGAAUACAGCAGGAUUCCCUUGACAUAACAGCUGCACAACCUCUAUUUGGAGAAAAAACAACGCAUGUUACUUACACUGAAGAUAAGAGCUCAUCUGGAGUAAAUGGGAAUUUAUGUGUUUUAUUGGAUAAUGACUUUGAAGGUGGGAAGACAGAAAACAUUGUUGAUAUGAUUGGUUCAUCAGUAGAGUUAGAAAAUACAAGUAAUUCACUUACUCAGAAUGAAAAUUCAGGGAAUCACAAAAUGCUUCAGAUGCAAAAGAUUAAAUUUGCUGAAGCUGACAAACAUUUAUUUAACAAUAACAGAAGUUUGGGUCAGAAGUAUAAUCAACAAAAAAUAUUUAAUCCAGCUAUCCUUCCUUCUAUAGGGUAUGCACAAUUCAGUCUCAGUCCAACACCAGGUAAUAUUGUACUGUACAUGUAGAUUGUUCUAAAGAUGAAGAAAAGGGGCCAGAUUGUCAGUUCUCAAUGUUAAUUUAACCAUCCAUCAGGGCCUCUUUCUGAAAACCUUAAUAUUUUUGGGGAACCAAUGCAAGUACAGACUAAGUUUACCUUGGCCAGUAGAUGCCAAUAAAAUAUUGUGUAUCGGUAUGAUCAGGGAAUUUGUUUUCUUGAAUGUUCUUUGUGCCUUAAGAAACACAGUAUCAUAUGUGGCCAGUAAAACCCUAAAUACUUAUAUUUUAUAUUACAUUUUGAAAAGCAAUUUCAUUCUCAGCAGUAUAUAUCAUUAAAUUUUACUUUUCUCUUCAGCAUAGUGAAAAGAUUGUCAUAUAACAGAUAUAAUUCAUAAUUUUCACAGAGAAAUGCUAUAGUGGAUCUACAAUGUAUGUGAGACAGGUGGGCAGUGGGUGCACCCAAUUCUCAGUUUAACCAUUACUCCCCCCCCCCCCCAAAAAAAAAAAAAAAAGAAAAUUUACAAUGUGGAACAAGACAAAACCAAACAAUUUUUCAGUCCCUGUGUUUUUUCAAUAAUAGAAAAAAAUCUGCUGAGUACAGAGGGCAUUCCCCUCAUUGUGUCCGAAAACUGCUCAAAACUAAACUCUAAACUCAGAUUUCAAAUGAAGCAAGACAAAUAGUUUGCCUCUGUGACCCACCUCCAGGAUUUAGCUGCCACUAACAUGAGAUUAGAAAUUAUUUUCUUGCAGUCAUGUACUCCAUGAUAAAGGUUACAGCCUAUGUCUUAUUUAGUUUUAUAAAGAGUUUUAUUUAAAGUUUUAGUAAAUUACAUUUCCUGAAAGCUACCUGCACAGUUAUAAUCUUGAUAAUGUUCAUAAAUCAAUAUUUGAGAAGCUCCCCUAAAAUAUGUAUACAGGGUAAAGUCUGAAUUGUUUUUUUCCCUAUAUUCAGUCUUAUGAAAUGAUUUUUUAUGUUUAUUUUACAACAUGUAAUUUUAAAUUACAGUAGGAUUAGACCGACAAUUUGAGCAUAUUGCCAGUAUGACUACAAUGUGCAUCAUGAUAUGUAAAUUAUUAUAUUGUGCAAAUUUAAGUAGAUUUUUCUAUAAGUUAAGGCUGACUAGUUUGUUAUUGAUAGGGUUGAUAGAGAAACUGUCUAAUUAUUUUAAUGCAUCUCAAGUUUGGUGGCAGCUUUCAAAGUACUGUGUGUUCCCUGUUUCUGAAAGCACACACAAAUACCUCACUAAUGUGGAUGUAAUACAUUAUAGAUUUGUUGAGGUGAAAAGAGCUCAUUGUGAGUGUGCUGGAGUAGUAUCCAAGCUUAAGGUUGCCAUUACAUGCACAGGGAGUGGAUCAUUAACACAAAAAUCAAUAUUUACAUGAAAUAUAUAUGCUUUUUUAGUUCUUUUCCCUUGGUGGAUUAUGUCAGUUUAUCUGUUCAUAAUAAUCACAGUGUUUCUGUUGGUAAUAACUUUUUGUUAUGUAGCUUGAAGAGUGUAUGGUUCUUCUAUUCUCCUAAUUUGCUAUUGCUCCCUCUACCACUACUGUCUCUGCUGUUUUCUCUAUGUAUCCUGUGUGUAUUAGCUCUCAGCUGUGUAUUUUCUCCCUCUUAAAUACCCUCUUAUCCCAGCCACCCUACAAAUCAAUGUCAUCUACUUCUACCUUCGAUUCUGUUGGUUAAUACCUGAGUUAAGGACACACCCAUCUGGAGGUAGGACUCCCCUGAGGGUCCCCAUACCUCCUGACAGGAAGUAUCUUAUUUAGGUUAUCCUGUCCACACUGCUACUGUCCACUGUCCCCAUCUUGUCUUCAUACUGUCACCUAUCUAUGUUCAAUCUAAUUUAAUGUAAACUGUACUGGGUAUUGAUCAGUCAUAUUAUAUGAAAUGGUAUAUAAAAAUAAAAAUCACUAUAACAAUAAACUUACAUCAACUUCUGAAUUUCAGUAAUUUGAAAAAAUCAUUGUCCUAGUGCUCUAUAUUACUGUAUAUUUGUAUCCUGUAUACUUACAUUUUGGUGAUUGUUUUUUAUAACAAAUGGAUGCCAAAUGAAUCAUAGCAUAUUCAUAUCAUGUGAUGUUACAAAACUCAUUUUAAUUUCUUAUCAAAUCUCUGCUUCAGCAUUACUUAACAUAGAUAUGUGUAACUUAAUUUGGCUUAAGCUGGACCAUGUAUAGACUUACCUAUCACUACAUUUGUAUGAACACUUUGCUUAACUGUUUUCCUCAUACAUGUAAGUAGAAUGAAUCAUAAUUCCUUGAAUCAAAAGUGAAAGUCAAUAAUGAAAUGCAACUAUUUGAAGUUUUUUUCUGCUCAAAAGACCGCACUCAAAUGCUGCUCAUGCUAAAUAAUGCUACUUAUUUUUCUGAUUGUUGUCACUGUAAAUGCACUAAAUCUUGUAAUUUAUAUUUAUUCAGCUAUCAUAAUGCAUUGUUUUACUGAGUACAUGUACAGUUCUGGGUAGCAGCUUCAGAUUGUAGUAUAGAAGAAAAAGGUACAUCAUGUAUGAUCCUAGUUUGGUCUAUAGUGAAGGGGAAGGUCACCUUUUUUUAAGUGUGCUCCCUUCGUCCCUUCACUUCUUUUGUGCUACCUUAUAUUAAUAAAAUCCUAGAUCUGCCUGUGUAAAUAUAAUUUAAAAAGUAGGUCAUUGAGUAUACAGCUAGCUGACAAAUAUUUAUAUAAAAGAGCACAGGCUUUCAGCAUCUGCAGUUUUGCUUUUUCAUUCCAAGUCCUUGUGCUUACAGUAGAUAAUGAUUUUUACAUUUAUAGAAGUAGAAUGAAGUCCCAGAAUCUUUUGACAUCAAAAAGAGGUGAUAAAAUAUAUUCAUUGACAUGGAUUUGACAGUUCCAACUUAAAUUGACAGGUACAAUAGGUAAGAUGUUUAUUAUUCUUACUGAAAACCUUUAAGUUGUAUAAUAAAGGAUGUGUUUGGUCUUUA